AUGUUUGGCGUCCAGCUGCGUACACAAGAGGCCUCGACCUUCCUCCCUCGAGAGGAUGACCACCACACUCAGUAUGACCACCACACUCAGUAUGACCACCACACUCAGUAUGACCAUCACACUCAGUAUGAUCACCACACUCAGUAUGACCACCACACUCAGUAUGACCACCACACUCAGUAUGACCACCACACUCAGUAUGACCACCACACUCAGUAUGACCACCACACUCAGUAUGACCACCACACUCAGUAUGACCACCACACUCAGUAUGACCACCACACUCAGUAUGACCACCACACUCAGUAUGACCACCACACUCAGUAUGACCACCACACUCAGUAUGACCACCACACUCAGUAUGACCACCACACUCAGUAUGACCACCACACUCAGUAUGACCACCACACUCAGUAUGACCACCACACUCAGUAUGACCACCACACUCAGUAUGACCACCACACUCAGUAUGACCACCACACUCAGUAUGACCACCACACUCAGUAUGACCACCACACUCAGUAUGACCACCACACUCAGUAUGACCACCACACUCAGUAUGACCACCACACUCAAGUCACCAAGCCUCUCCUCGCCGCCCCCGCCACCAUCACAGAGUCACCAAGCCUCUCCUCGCCGCCCCCGCCACCAUCACAGAGUCACCAAGCCUCUCCUCGCCGCCCCCGCCACCAUCACAGAGUCACCAAGCCUCUCCCCGCCGCCCCCACCACCAUCACAGAGUCACCAAGCCUCUCCUCGCCGCCCCCCGCCACCAUCACAGAGUCACCAAGCCUCUCCUCGCCGCCCCCGCCACCAUCACAGAGUCAUCAAGCCUCUCCUCGCCGCCCCCGCCACCAUCACAGAGUCACCAAGCCUCUCCCCGCCGCCCCCGCCACCAUCACAGAGUCACCAAGCCUCUCCUCGCCGCCCCCGCCACCAUCACAGAGUCACCACGCCUCGCCUCGCCGCCCCCACCACCAUCACAGAGUCACCAAGCCUCUCCUCGCCGCCCCCGCCACCAUCACAGUCACCACGCCUCGCCUCGCCGCCCCCACCACCAUCACAGAGUCACCAAGCCUCGCCUCGCCGCCCCCACCACCAUCACAGAGUCACCAAGCCUCUCCUCGCCGCCCCCGCCACCAUCACAGAGUCACCAAGCCUCUCCUCGCCGCCCCCGCCACCAUCACAGAGUCACCAAGCCUCUCCUCGCCGCCCCCCGCCACCAUCACAGUCACCAAGCCUCUCCUCGCCGCCCCGCCACCAUCACAGAGUCACCAAGCCUCUAGUCACCAAGCCUCUCCUCGCCGCCCCCCGCCACCAUCACAGUCACCAAGCCUCUCCUCGCCGCCCCCGCCACCAUCACAGAGUCACCAAGCCUCUCCUCGCCGCCCCCGCCACCAUCACAGAGUCACCAAGCCUCUCCUCGCCGCCCCCGCCACCAUCACAGAGUCACCAAGCCUCUCCUCGCCGCCCCCGCCACCAUCACAGAGUCACCAAGCCUCUCCUCGCCGCCCCCCGCCACCAUCACAGAGUCACCAAGCCUCUCCUCGCCGCCCCCCGCCACCAUCACAGAGUCACCAAGCCUCUCCUCGCCGCCCCCCGCCACCAUCACAGAGUCACCAAGCCUCUCCUCGCCGCCCCCGCCACCAUCACAGAGUCACCAAGCCUCUCCUCGCCGCCCCCGCCACCAUCACAGAGUCACCAAGCCUCUCCUCGCCGCCCCCCGCCACCAUCACAGAGUCACCAAGCCUCUCCUCGCCGCCCCCGCCACCAUCACAGAGUCACCAAGCCUCUCCUCGCCGCCCCCGCCACCAUCACAGAGUCACCAAGCCUCGCCUCGCCGCCCCCGCCACCAUCACAGAGUCACCAAGCCUCGCCUCGCCGCCCCCACCACCAUCACAGAGUCACCAAGCCUCUCCUCGCCGCCCCCGCCACCAUCACAGAGUCACCAAGCCUCUCCUCGCCGCCCCCGCCACCAUCACAGAGUCACCAAGCCUCUCCUCGCCGCCCCCCGCCACCAUCACAGUCACCAAGCCUCUCCUCGCCGCCCCCGCCACCAUCACAGAGUCACCAAGCCUCUCCUCGCCGCCCCCCGCCACCAUCACAGUCACCAAGCCUCUCCUCGCCGCCCCCGCCACCAUCACAGAGUCACCAAGCCUCUCCUCGCCGCCCCCUGCCACCAUCACAGUCACCAAGCCUCUCCUCGCCGCCCCCGCCACCAUCACAGUCACCAAGCCUCUCCUCGCCGCCCCCGCCACCAUCACAGUCACCAAGCCUCUCCUCGCCGCCCCCUGCCACCAUCACAGUCAGAAGAAGAGAGGACAUAAGGAGAUGAGAGAACAGAAGAACAUUAGAGGACAGGAGAUAAAGAGACAGAAGGCAAUGUCAGGACAGAAGGAGAUGAGAGGACAGAAGAAGAUUAAAGGACAGGAGAUGAAAAACAAGACUUCUAGGAACAAGAAGACAGAAGAGGAUAGAAGAAGAUUAAUGGACAGGACAUGA